AUGGGGAUAGAGGGUCACAACGACACCAGGAUGUGGGGACAUGGGAUCACUGGGAUAUGGGGAUACGGAGAUAGGGGGAUAGAGGGACACAGGGCGGAGAGGCCGGAGCCUCUGCAGGACUUCUCCCGCUCGUCCUCCAGUGCCAGCAGCUUCGGCAGCGUGGCCGAGGAGCCGGACGAGCAGCCUGUGGGCGAGCAGGGCAGGGUAUGGGGGUUCCUCCCUUUCCCCCCCCCAGAAAAUCCUCUCCCCUUAAUGCCAUGCAGCUUUCGGGGAGGGCUGGACGUGACACACGGGCAGACGGGCAGCGAGUCGGUGUAUUGCCACUUUCGGGACAAGGAGAUCAUGUUCCAUGUCUCCACCAAGCUGCCCUACACCGAGGGCGACGCGCAGCAGCUGCAGCGAAAGCGCCACAUCGGCAACGACAUCGUGGCCGUCGUCUUUCAGGACGAGAACACCCCCUUUGUGCCCGACAUGAUCGCCUCCAACUUCCUGCACGCUUUUGUGGUGGUGCAGCUGGAACCCGGCGGCCCCCAGGGGCCCCUCUACAAAGUGUCGGUCACCGCCCGCGAUGACGUCCCCUUCUUUGGGCCGCCGCUGCCCGACCCCGCCAUCUUCAGGAAGGGCCCCGAGUUCCAGGAGUUUCUGCUCACCAAGCUCAUCAACGCCGAGUACGCCUGCUACAAGGCCGAGAAGUUCGCCAAGCUGGAGGAGAGGACGCGGGCGGCGCUGCUGGAGACGCUGCACGAGGAGCUGCAGGGCCGCAGCCAGGCCAUGCUGGGGAUGGGCCCCGACGAGGAACGCCCGGACAACGGCUCGGCCCCGGGCUUCUUCGAGUCCUUCAAGGUGGGGCCGGGAGCUGCUGGGGGGCGGGGCCUGAUGGAGGGGGCGGAGUUAUGCGCAUAGAGCCACGCCCCUCCGGGGCCGCGCCCUCAGCUGCACCCCAACGCAUGAGCACAAAGCCACGCCCCCUUGGACACGAGGCCACGCCCCUCAAGCUCUCAGCCCUUUGCUCCACGUGCCAUGCCACGCCCCUUCCCUAAGCCCCGCCCACCCACCUCCCGUUGCCUGCCCUUCGAUAAGCUCCGCCCCUAUAUCAACCCUGCCUUCCCAUAGGCCCAGACCUUCGACAAGCCCCGCCCCUUGCAUAGCUUUGGUCUCCCAUAGGCCCCGCCCCCGCGAAGUCCCGCCCCGCAA